AUGGCACCCCGCUCGCAAUUGGAGAUCUUUACAGCAUCGGUCGUGCGCCUGGUCAAGGAAGAGACGUCCUACCAUAACGAAAUCAAGCAACAGACGGAGCGGAUCAAGAAGUUAGAAGCCCAGAAUGAAGACGACGAGAACAGAGAAUACCUGCUGAACCAGGAGCGCCGCGCACUCCAGGAAAGUAAGGAUGUUUUGCCUAGCUUGAAGAACAAGCUUGAGGACACAGUAGCUAUGCUUGAGAGUCUACUGAUCGAAGAGGGCAAGAAGGGCUCCGAGAGCAACGUUGAACAAAUCACGGCUGCUAAAGAAGCCGUUGCGAAGGCUAAAACGGCUGAGCGGGAGAUUUCAUAA